CUUGCCUCGCAGCCUCCGCCUAUCUGAUGCUCAAUGCAGGGCCACCGCCCCAACUCCGCCACCAGCUCUCCCCGCGGCGGCACCACCAUCUCCGACUUAUCCAAUCUCAAGCGCGGUAAAAGGCGCGGGAACUACAACUGUGGCCGGUGUGGCCUCCCCAAGAAAGGCCAUUCCUGCCAUGGCGAAACAACCACCACCACAACAUCCACCGCCGACUCUUCCUCUAUCAUCGCCCCAUCUCCUUCCUUGCCCACCCCUACCCCACCACGCCAUCCCUUCUCCCACCUCCGCCGCGCACUUUCAUUUGACGAUAACGAGGUGGACGUUUCACCGAUAUCUGAUGAUGAGGAUUGCUCCGACGGAUCGCCGGAGACGGAACUCGACUCCGGUGAUGGUCGGUUGCCUUGGAGUUGCCUGUGGGAGGUAUUAAGGAGGUUGCCGCCAGCGUCGUUGUUGUCUGCGGCGAAGGUUUGUACAGGGUGGAGGGACUGCACGAGGAAGCUCUGGCGGGCGGCGGAAGAGUUGAGGCUUAGGGUCCCUGUGAAGGCCCAAGUUGGGCUUGUUGGAUCGGUGUUACAGAAGUGUUCGGGGCUCGUUAGGCUCUCUCUUAGGAUGGAAAGUGAUGUAGAUGCAACGAUGUUGGCUUGCAUUGCGUUCUCUUGUCCAAAUUUGGAAUCCUUGGAGAUCCGUACAUCUGAGUGUGCUACCAACCGGAUAUCUGGGGAUGAAUUAGGCCGUUUUGUUGCUGACAAACGAUGUCUUUCAAGCCUCAAGAUGGAAGGUUGUUCUAACCUUGGUGGUUUCAGUCUCUGUUCUUCAACUUUGUCGACUCUGUGGCUUUCAGAUCUUUUCUCUCUCUCUAAGAUGGUUUUUAACUGCCCGAAUUUAAAGGAACUUUCUUUGGAUUUCUCUCGCCAAGAGAAUGAUUGUACUGAUCUUGCUACCAUGGUGGAUGCUCUUGGAAGGACCUGCCCAAGGUUGAGAAAUAUUCAUAUUGCAUCACUUCGGCUCUCUCAUGCUGUUGUGCUUGCUCUUACUGCUGCAAACUUGAGGAAUCUGUGCAUGCUAUCUCUUGUACUUGGUUCAGAAAUCACAGAUGCCUCUGUGGCUGCCAUUGCUUCAAGCUAUGACAAUCUAGAAUUGCUAGAUUUGAGUGGGUCUAGCAUCAGUGACAGUGGCAUUGGGAUGAUCUGCAACGUGUUCCCCGAAACUCUAUCUAGACUUCUUCUUGCACUUUGUCCUAAUAUCAGCUCAAGUGGAAUCCAAUUUGCUACCGCACAAUUGCCUCUCUUGGAACUCAUGGACUGUGGAAUGACCAUAUGUGAUCCCAAUUCUCAAAAUCGAAACUCUGCAGAUGAAUCUGAUUAUGUUAACAGUGGUUGUGAACCUAAUCAUUUAAAGAAAACACCCAACAGCAAGCUGCACCAUAUUUACCAGAAGCUGAUAAUCAAACAUGGACAGUUGAAGAAACUCAGCCUUUGGGGUUGUUCUGGUUUAGAUGCCCUAUAUCUCAACUGUCCUGAGCUUAAUGAUCUGAAUCUGAAUUCCUGUACUAACCUGCAUCCAGAGAGAUUGUUACUUCAGUGCCCGAGUUUGCGAAGUGUACAUGUUUUGGGAUGCCAAGAGAUGUUGAUUGAAACAAUUCAAAGCCAGGCAUAUAGAGAUUCUGUUAAUGCAGAAGAUCAUUUUCCUUGUAAACGCUUGGCAGAUGGUUCGAAGAGGGUCCGGGUUCCUCAUUUCCUCACCCCACAGCCAUCCAAUGAGAAGGGAAGAAGGGUAUUGAGACCAAGGUGUUCUGUGCUCCUGGACUAAAUCAGUAUAAUGUUUCACCCCCCAUCUCUGCCUUACUAUCUCUCUUACCUUCAAUUUCCUGAUACUGUAGUGAGUAGUCUUUCGGGGCU